UUCUGCUGGAAGCUAAAACCCAGAGUGGCCCGAAGGAGCGGGCAACUGCAGGCAUCUGCUCCCACCGUGUCCAUCACCCACCAUGCGGCCUCUAGUCUUGCUGUGGAGCUGCCUGGUGCUCCCAGGUUAUGAAGCCCUGAAGGGCCCAAAGGAGGUCAGUGGAUUUGAAGGUGACAGCGUGUCCCUGCAGUGCACCUACGAGAAGAAGGUGAGGGGACACAGGAAGUACUGGUGCCGAGAGAGUGGCCUCAUCCUGUCCCGCUGCUCCGACAUUGUCUACUCAAAACAGAAUCAGGAGGUGGUACGGGGCCGGAUGUCCAUCCUAGACAGGCCCCGAGAGCUCUCGAUGACCGUGACCAUGACGGACCUUACCGUGAAGGACUCGGGGAAGUACUGGUGUGGGAUUGACAGACUGGGCUUCGAUGAAUCUUUUGAAGUGUCUCUCAUCGUCUUUCCAGGAAGAAGGGACAGUCCCACCCCCACUGGCACCUGCUGCCCUACUUCCCCCAACCCCUCCUUCCAGCCUCUCACAGCUACAAGGAUCCUGCAGCCCAAGGCAAUAGCCUGGCAGACUCAGCUCCCAGAACUGACUUCUCCUGGUCUCCACCCGACAGUCGUCACAGUCAAGCAGGGGAAGACAGAGGUUAAGGCCCCUGUGUUCACGGAGGAGGCCCCAGCCUGGUCUUCAGGAACCUCCCAGGUUCUCCUAGGAACCUCUCCAUAUGCUGGGAGUGCUCCUCACACAACAACCCCAGCCUGGUCUGCAGGAACCUCCCCUUCCCCAGGAACCUCUCCAUAUGCUGGGAGCUCUCCUCACACAGCGACCUCUCCUCAUGCAGGGAGCUCCCGCCCAGUCAUCUGGCCGCUCAGCAUCACACCAAAGGACUCCACGGCCAGUCGUGUCCUCACGUCCAGUGUGUCCAUCCCGGUGGCCCGCAUGAUGGCCCCAGUCUGGGUGCUCUUGUCCCUUCUGCUGGCGACAGGUCUGAUUGCCUUUGGCAGCCAAAUGCUCCAGUGGAGAAAGAAAGCUUGGCUGGCCACGGAGACACAGAGGAACGAGAAGGUCUACCUCCCAGCUUCGCCGCCAGGGAACAACUGGGUGCCUGAAGAUGCCAUGAUCAACCUUGCAGCGCCUCCCGAGUGUCUCAGCAACACCAACGCCUCCUCUGUGCCCUUCACGGAGACCCAGCACCUCGGCCAGGCUACAGAGGAAGGGGCAGCCCGUUCCCUGGACGCCAAGGAGGAUGAGGACGCAAUGGCAGCCCCUCCCCUGCAGGCGUCCGCACAGGAACUGGCUUCCGAGUUCAUCUCUGUAUAACCGCAGAAUGGCCCAUGGUCAGGCUCCAUAAAGCUGAACCGCUGAGUUUGCACGAAUUCGCCGGCUCUGCUCAUACUCCAGGACUCCGUCCACCUUCCUCCAGGCUCCCUGCUUGUUCGCUCCAGAAUGGUAACGAAGUGAAUCUGUGGACCCUGGAGCCCAGCGUGGAUGUAACAAUUCCAGCCAAAGGCUGAGACCUCCCCAGCAUAUUCUAAUCUCUAGGAAGAGUGCGCAGCUGCGGACCUUCACCUGGGCCUGGCAAGGCUCAGUAGAUGAGGGCUGAGUUUGUAUGGGUUCCAGGAAAUUUCCUGGGCGUCGGUGCCCAGCAACCGUCCCUCCUCCCAUCCCCUGCAAAUCCCACCUUCGCUUCCCUCCAUUCUCUUGCCGCAGCUACUGUGGAGGAGACAAAAUACGUGUGUAUAAAACAUAUGUGUUUAUAAAACACCUGCAUUCUGGCCCUUCAGAACAAUCAUUAAAACAGAAUUCCCGAGCCCCGCCCCAAACCAUCUGGAGGGCAAGGCCGGGUCUUCACCAGUGGCUCUGACAAGUGACCAAGAUUCCUACACUUGAGCCUGAGGGAUCCUUGGCUUCCUCUAGCCUGAGAGUCUUUCUGCCUUCUCUCUUUCACUCAGGGGUCAGCUGUCUCUCCUUCUCCUUCCCCACGACCCUGUAUUCCAGGCUUUGGAAGGACACUGGAGAAAAGUU